GCGAGGGGGACAUGAACUGUUGUUGCAUUGAAGACUCUAUUUUUUUACCAACACGCAUACUUCCAGUAAUGCCCCUUAGAAACGACAAAUUUGCAUCUAAGUCCCCAUUCUUCUCUCUCGCUCGCUCACUCGCGCUCACAGGACGACAAAGCUCCAAACUGAUUUCAACUAUAAAUAUCCACCCAAGGUAUGAGGAGCUCAGACAGUGUGAAGUGUAAGCACACACAGAGAGAGGGAGGGAUGGAGAAGAUAGAGCACAGGACGGUGAGGACGAACGGCAUAAACAUGCACGUGGCGGAGAUAGGAGAAGGGCCGGCGGUGCUCCUCGUUCAUGGCUUCCCUGAGCUCUGGUACUCCUGGCGUCACCAGAUGGUCUUCCUCGCCUCCCGCGGCUAUCGCGCCCUCGCCCCCGACCUCCGCGGCUACGGCGACUCCGACGCCCCGCCGUCCGCCGCCGCGUACUCGGUGCUCCACAUCGCGGGCGACCUGGUGGGGCUCCUGGACGCACUGGGGCUGGAGAAGGUCUUCGUCGUCGCCCACGACUGGGGGGCCGUCGUCGCCUGGUACUUCUGCCUCUUCCGCCCCGAUCGGGUUGCCGCUCACGUCAGCCUCACCGUUCCCUUUCGCCCUCGCAGUCCCCUGCACAAGCCCUUGGAAUCCAUGCGCGCUGCUCUCGGUGAUGAUUACUAUAUCUGCAGAUUUCAGAAACCUGGUGAAGCAGAAGAAGAGUUUGCUCGCCACAGCACUGUAAACAUGAUCAAGAAAUUUUUCUCGCUUCGAGAUCCACGUCCGCUCUGUGUGCCGAAGGAAAACGGAUUUGGAGGUUCACCCAAUGACCCGGUUACCUCACCCUCUUGGCUCUCAGAAGAAGAUGCCAACUACUAUGCCAGCAAAUUUAGCCAGAAGGGCUUCACUGGAGGACUCAACUACUAUCGCUGUCUCGAUCUAAACUGGGAGCUCACAGCAGCAUGGACUGGAGCACAAGUGAAAGUUCCAACUAAGUUUAUUGUUGGGGACCUGGACCUUACAUACAACACCCCAGGUGUGAAGGAAUACAUGCAGAGUGGAGGCUUCAAGAAGGAUGUGCCAUUGUUGGAGGAAGUUGUGAUAAUGGAAGGAGUAGGUCAUUUUAUCAACCAAGAAAAGCCUGAUGAAAUCAAUGCACACAUUUUAGACUUCAUCCAGAAGUUUUAAAUCUGUGCUUAAUCUUUGUUUGUCUUUCUUGUAUUAAGUUUAUUAUCUUGAGAUGCAUGUGGAAGAAGGGUGGUGGUUUAUCUAUGGAUUAAGGAAUAUGAAUGACGGUUCUUA